CCUUGCCUUCUUGUCUAGAUGACAGCCGAGGAUCCCAGGAAACUGAGUUCGACGGGGAAUCACAGAGAGCUCGCCGACCUCCUGACUCUUCCUUAGUAGUGGCAAAGGUUUACCAGGAGAUGAUGACCAUCUAUGAACAACUAAAGGCGGAGCGAUACAGCCAGCAGCAGUGGGAGAGGGAGCUGCAGCAGCGAGACAGGAGGCUGAAGCAGCAGGAGGAGGAAGCUGUUUUGAGGCUUGCCGAGAUGGAGGAGAUGCUACACAUUUGUUUACCAGCUGAAGAAGAGAAACAUCAGCAGCAGGUCAGCCGGCUGCAGGAAGUUCUUCGAGAGAAGUGCAAGGAGAACCAGAGGCUCAAGUCCAGCUUUGACACCAUCAAGGAGCUGAAUGACGGCAUGAAGAAACAGUUGAAUGAAGUCAAUGAACAGAAUAAAAAGUUGGAGAGCCAAUCCAAGAGGGUGCAGGCUCGACUGGAGAACCUGCAGAGGAAAUAUGAGCACAACAUAGCACAAAGAGGCCUGCCAAAAACAAGCCUCAAGAGCACAGUGUGUAUUGAAGCACCCGAAAAGGAGACAACUGCUGACUAUGGAAGACCCAGCACCAAGCGCUGCUACGGUCCGACUCCUCUGAAGCUCCUGACCCUUCUUCUAGACUGGGUGGUCGACGGACCGACGUUCUCACCAGCAGCAGGAAGCGAAGGGAAAGGUGUCAGCCGAUGCGGGCUGCCUCCUGAGCUGGUUCUGAACGAGAGAUGCCUCAAGGUGCUGCCGUUAUUAGCGGAUCAGCUUCAGCGCACUCCUUUGUCCGAGGCUGACCUCCUCCUGAACCUUCUCCGCCUCAUCCACUGGGCUUUAAGGCGCUUGGACAGCAGUACACAGCACGUAGCCCACUCUGCUACGCUGCGGAGGAUAGGAGAGGCCGCAUCAAAGCCGGCUGCCCGGUUAACGGAGGAGGCAGACCGGCCCGGGCCCUGCAGGAGAAGGCCUCUCUCCUGCAGCCCGUGUCCUCACACACGCAUCCUCUCCACCCUCAUCAUCCUCCACACCGUCACACAAGCCGACGUGCUGGCCCAGGCUCUGGAAGCUCUCCGUACCGAGCUGAUGUCUGAGGAGAGCCGAGGGCUCUUCAUCCACUACGGAGGAGUGUGUGUGCUGCUGUCGGUGCUUCAGGCCGGCCGGGGAGGUCUGCACACACCUGUGGACGUCCUCAUGCAGCUGUCUGAACAGUCCCGACACCUGAACCCCUUCCUGGAGGCAUGUAGCUGUAAGGAGUUUUUCCAAACGGCUUCCCAGCUUCUCAAGAACCCUCGCCUGGAGCUCCCGGCGCUGGAGAAGCUCUCCAUCCUUCUGCAGAAGCUCUCCAGCAUCAGGAAGAACCGUCCUCUGUUCGAGCGGUCCUCCCUCCUCCUCCAAAUACAAGAACUUAAUCGCAACGCCAACCAGACGCACACCUUCCUCUGCCUCAACCUGAGGUCUGUCCUCCACAACCUCCGAUAG